UCGGGAUUAAUAAAGUUCUAUUUUAUCUUAUCUUAUCUUUUCUUAAUUAUUUUCAUCUGGGUUUUAAGGGGCAUGGCUUAAUCAUUUUUUAUUGUAGAAGAGCCAAAAAUACACAAUAGAUUUGCAUUUAAACCAUAUAAAAAAAAAAUCUAAAUAAGCUUUAAUGCCAGUCAUUUUGACCAAACAUUCGAUAUUAAUGUUAUUGCAAUAAAACAUGCCUUUCAUGUGUGUUCCUGAGAUAGAGCAGCGUGUGAGGCAGGCUGGAUGCUGGAUGUAAGAGGGGCUGGGCUGAUGACAGCAUCCUCCACCGCUCAGUAGCUCCACACCUGACUGACUCCAUCAGAUGCUCACAUAGAUGAUGGAGCUGAUCUCCACGCUGCCGGGUUAUCCUGCUGCCACCAUUUCGCACGUCCACUGCCCGACACAUGCCUUACAGAUGCCCUGAUGAUUUUGACUUGAAUUGGUUGUUUUUUUUCUCAUUUUUAUGCGCGAUCAUUCACACGGAUGCUGUGUGUUUCGCCUCCUGUUUACUGUGAAUGCUGAGUAGUCGCAUCGAGGUGCUCUUUGUUUUCCUGGAAAAGGAGAGCAGGAGUGGACAGAUGCUGCUGCGUCGCUGGUAAACACCAGAAAUGGGAGUCAUCAUCGAACCAAGGCUGCCAGUCGCGGCUCGUUCCUGGACCAGAUUGUCGUUUUUCUUAUGAUAAAUCAUCGGCCCAAAUCCAGGUCUUACACAUCUAUAAGUUGCUACGCUGAGCAGGCUUCAGUCGAGCAAACAAAUGGUCCAAUCAAUAGCUUUUGGACAGAGUCUGCCAUAGGGAGGAUAUCAAUAACACGCUAAUACACCUGACACACACACACACACACACACACACACACACACACACACACGAUAUGGCGCUGGAGAACUCGGUAUUCCCCUCCCGCCCGGACUCUCUUUCGCUCCCUGUGGAGAACAAGGGGGAAGGGGAAGAAGUGGAGGUGGCCACCGAGGUCACCGCCUCCACUGGAGUCUUCAACCUGUCGGAAGAGCUGGGCAACGUCGUCACCACAGAGACAGCAUCGUCACCUCCGCCCUUAGUCAAGGUCAACAGGUCCUUCCAGGCCAAGCUGGCCGAGCGGAAUGCCCAAGCCAACGAGCCCAGGAAGAAGACCCAGGGGACGGAGAAGGAGAGGGGGCGAUUCGGGUGGGGCCGGACUAAGCGUAAGAGACAGCGCUAUGUGGAGAAGAACGGUCGCUGCAAUGUGCAGCACGGUAACAUGCGGGAGACUUACCGCUACCUGACCGACAUCUUCACCACGCUGGUGGACCUCAACUGGCGCUGCUCGCUCUUCGUCUUCGUCAUGGCCUACGCCGUCACGUGGCUCUUCUUCGGGGCCAUCUGGUACCUCAUAGCCUACUGUAGGGGUGAUUUUGACCAUCUGGAGGAUGAGACGUGGACGCCAUGCGUCAACAAUGUCAACGGCUUCAUCUCGGCCUUCCUCUUCUCCAUCGAGACAGAGACCACCAUUGGCUACGGCCACCGCGUCAUCACCGACCAGUGUCCAGUGGGCACCAUGCUGCUGCUGCUGCAAGCUAUACUGGGCUCAAUGGUCAACGCCUUCAUGGUCGGCUGCAUGUUUGUGAAGAUCUCGCAGCCCAACAAACGGGCAGAGACGCUGGUGUUCUCCAAACACGCCGUCAUCUCUCUGCGAGACGACAAGCUCUGUCUGAUGUUCAGGGUGGGCGACCUUCGGAGCUCCCACAUCGUCGGGGCCAACAUGAGGGCCAAGCUCAUCAAGUCCAAACAGACUCAGGAGGGUGAGUUCAUCCCUCUGGACCAGACAGACAUCAGCGUGGGCUUUGAGACGGGAGAUGAUCGUCUCUUCCUGGUCUCUCCGCUGGUGAUCUCCCAUGAGAUUGACACACAUUCGCCCUUCUGGGACAUGUCGCAGUCCCAGCUGGAGAAGGAGGACUUUGAGAUCGUGGUCAUCCUGGAGGGAAUGGUGGAAGCAACCGGGAUGACGUGCCAGGCGAGGAGCUCCUAUCUAGCGGAGGAGGUGAUGUGGGGUCACAGGUUUAGCCCGAUGAUGUCGCUGGCAGAGGGCUUCUUUGACAUCGACUACGGAGCCUUUCAUCACACCUUUGAGGUGGACUCGCCCAACUGCUCAGCACGAGAGCUCUCAUUGGCUGCAGCCCGACUCGACGCUCACCUCUACUGGUCCAUCUCCAGCAGGCUGGAUGAAGAGCCCACCCUGACCAACCAGGCGGCCAAGCAGCCGGACAGCGGCUCGAUCGACGGCAAAGGAGGGGAGCCGACCUUCAUCGUCGGAGAGAUGACGGACAUCCAGGAGCAAACAGGACUGGGCGAGCUGAACGGCAGCGUCGCCACCGACCAGUCCGAAUCAGAGGCCUAG